GUGGUUACUGCUGCUGAGCUUCAAGGGACCUGAACCAAAGUGCACUACUGACUGAAAGCAUAUUAUUAUAAGAUGACUCAACACCAACACUUGUUAUUUCCUUCUAUUUUGAUGAGAAGACAUGCAGUUACCAGGUAAAGGCAGAGACACGAUGGACUGAUGCUGUGGGGAAAGAAUCAAUCGAUCCUGCCAGCAACAGGGGCGAAAAACAGGAUGCAGAGUAAGAGUGAAGAGGCGAGAGGGUGCAGCACCAAGGGGAGGCCAGAGGUGAGAGAGGGACAGAGGAGAAAUACAACGCAGAAAUGAAACGACAAAAGCACAGCGCUGCCAAGAAAGAGGACAACUUGAGAAUGAUGGGAAAGGAGGGCAGAAAGAAAAGGGGAUGACACACAGUCAAGGGCUGCUGGUUGGAAUCGAACCCAGGCCAUAGCAAGGACUCAGCCUACAUGGGGCACACACUCAACCAGGUCCAAGGGUUGGAGAAGCAGGUGGAGUUCUCAGACCUGCGCCCUGUGGGGUCGGUGAUGAAGACUCUUCCAUACGGCAUGGGUGGAGGGACGGCGGGAGGAUCGACAGGGGGAGUGGUUAAGCCUCCAUACCAAACGCGUAUCUUCUCCACAUCCAUUGAUCAGACACCCAUGAAAUCCAAGCCACCCACCUACAGUUUCUUUAACCCAUAUGACACGGCCCGGAACCAGUCCCUGCUCUUGGACCAGACAGGAUACCGCUCUAAGCGCAAGCCCUCGCUAAAGACAGCCAUGAAGACCAAGAAGAUCUUCGGCUGGGGAGACUUCUACUUCAACGUCAAGACCAUGAAGUUCAGCUUGUUGGUGACGGGGAAGAUUGUGGACCACAUCAACGGGACGUUCACUGUCUACUUCCGCCACAACUCGUCCAGCCUGGGGAACGUCUCGGUCAGUAUCGUGCCGCCGACCAAAGUGGUGGAGUUCGAGGUCCUCCAGCAGCAGCAGCUGCACCCCCACACCCAGCAAGAAGUCCAGAUCCAGGAGACCCAGCAGUCCACCAUCGACCCCAAAGAGACAAAGACCUUUAACUGUCGGGUGGAGUACGAGAAAACCAACAGGUCCAAGAAGCCCAAACCCUGCCUGUACGACCCGUCUCAGACCUGCUUCACAGAGCACACCCAGUCCCACGCCGCCUGGCUCUGUGCCAAACCCUUCAAGGUGAUCUGCAUCUUCAUCUCUUUCUUCAGCAUCGACUACAAGCUGGUUCAAAAAGUGUGUCCGGACUACAACUUCCAAAGCGAGCACCCUUACUUUGGAUAAGUAAGAGAGGCUGAACUGCAAAGAGAAAAAAAAAGAGACAAUGUUAAUGACGACGAUUAUAAUGAUAAGGAUGGGAAUCAUAGUCAUAUUGAUUACGAUGAAGACGCAGGGGACAGUUUUUUUGCCUCUAAACUGCUGUGAAUUGUGGAUUUAAAUCAAGUAUAAUCAGAGUUAUGGAUGGUUAGGAUAUGGCUGAUUUCUCUGACUUAUUUUCCAACUUUGUAUUCGUUAACUUCUGUUUUUAUUUGCUUUUUUUCCUGUAAAUAAUGUACUCAACCUCAGCACACUUAUUGUUUUUAGAUAUUUGUUUCUCAGUGUUAUUACUUUUUGGAGUUGGAGAAUUCGGUUGAUAACAGCUGGAGUCAGUAUUAUGCCCUCCGAGUACAAAGGGAGCCUCUGAGGCGGCUGUGCCAUCACUGUAUGGCAGACGUAAUGUUAUGGUAGACUGACUGUUAAUCAUCCUCUCAGCUCUACGUCUCUAACCCUGGAUAUAAGAGAGUUAUAUGUAUGAGAAAUGCUAUGCUGGAUAUGCAUACAAUAUACUGUAUGAAAAAGCACAUUAAAAUCUCUUUAAACUGUC